UUUCAUAAGCAGUUUCUGCUUUCUCUCUCCUUCUCUCUCUCUCUCUCUCUCUCUCUCUCUCUCUCUCUCUCUCUCUCUCCAUUCUCCAAGAUAAAAGCUCUGGUUUUUAUGUCACGUUUUUUAUAAAUAAUUUUUAAACUUUUCUAUCUUUAGAGCUGAAAUUUUUAUUUGUUUUGUUUUGUUUUCUUAUGAAUUUGGGGGUGGUGCAAUGCAGGCUAAGCCAAGUGUUAUAAACUUGGCUUAUUAAGAUUAGCGGACCCAACAGAUUUCUGGGUUUAUGAGUUGAAGCCAUUCAGGUUUCAAGUAGAUGAACUUUGCACAUCUUGAGCCAACAUUGGCAGUAGCAGCUCCUCAAGUAUCAGUUAGUUACUAUUCCAUAUCAAGCAACUUCUCCUGACAACUUUGUAACUUCUAUUGCUUUGGGGAGAAAGAUAUACAGAGUAUUCCAGGCAUAAGAUGGUGGGACUGCUAUGUUUUCCUUUAUCUCAUGCUACUACAACACACAUCAAAAAUAACUAAUUGGAACAUAACAUAAGCGUUGGAAAAAAUGGAUAUUAAGGAAGCAGAGCGUGUAGUUAUAGCUAAACCAGUUGCUUCAAGGCCAACUUGUUCCACCUUUAGGUCCUUCACAGAGCUUCUUGCAGGAGCUAUUGAUGCCUCUCCUUCGAAUGUAUCUUCUGAAACUGCUGUUCCUGCCAUCAGACCAAAGACCGUGAGGUUCAAGCCAAUGGUGAAUCAUGCUGUCGCUGGAUUGGUUUCUUCCCAGGCACAUAUCUCUGGUGCAGCACAUAGUCAUUCAUCGGAGCAGGUUUCGAAAUCAGAUAGCAGAUCAACUGUGAUAUAUAAACCAUUGGCAAAAGUUGUUUCAAGGGCAACCGUUUCUGUCUUGGCAAAUAUGGGAAACUUCAAUACCAGCCACCAAUCUACACAAUUAUCAGUUAAUGUGGGUGUUCUACAUCCAAAUCAAGAUAAAUGCUUUAGAUCCCAAAGCUCAAAUCUGCGCCAUAAUAAUCCAUCACGUGCCGAGACAAAUCAGACAACAGAGCCUUUGAAAAUAGCCUCACAAAACAUGGAAGAGGAUCUGAAACUUAUACCAUCCACAGCCAAUACUGAUAGGCCUUCUUAUGAUGGGUAUAAUUGGAGAAAAUAUGGACAGAAGCAAGUCAAAGGAAGUGAGUACCCCCGAAGUUACUAUAAGUGCACUCAUCCAAAUUGUCCUGUGAAAAAGAAGGUUGAACGAUCUCUGGAUGGCCAGAUUGCUGAGAUUGUGUACAAGGGGGAACACAACCACUCAAAGCCUCAGCCUCCAAAGCGGAGCUCAUCAGGGACACAAGGCUUAGGCAUACCAUUUGACGGAACUGGUCAAGAUACCAACAACCGGCUAUUGAAUAGUCAUCUUAAUGAAAGAAAUGAAGGUUCCGAAGGUAGAGUAGAAGAUCAAAAUGAAGUUGGACUACCUGUGCAGUCUUACCAAACCAAAGCCCCACUACCUUAUGAUCCCCAUGCGACUGGAGGAAUAACUGCUGGUGGUGCAACUCCUGAUAAUUCUUGUGGUCGUAGUGCCGAAUGCGAGGAAGCAAGUAAGGGGCUUGAAGUAGAGGAUUAUGAACCUAGAAGUAAAAGAAGAAAAAGUGAGAAUCAUUCCAUUGAAGCAGGGAUAUCAGGGGAAGGUGUCCAAGAUCCUCGUGUUAUGGUGCAAAAUUCUGUUGAAUCUGAUAUGACGGGUGAUGGCUUCCGCUGGAGGAAGUACGGGCAGAAAGUUGUCAAGGGAAAUCCAUAUCCCAGAAGUUAUUACAGAUGUACCAGUCUCAAAUGCAGCGUGCGCAAGCAUGUCGAAAGAGUCUCGGAUGAUCCCAAAGCUUUCAUCACCACGUACGAGGGAAAGCACAACCACGACAUGCCACUGAGGAACACGAACGCAGGAGCAUCUGAGAAGGAUACAACAACUAAAGAAAAGCCAUGAGUGAGUGACAACAUCACAUUCAAACUUUGGCAUCAAACUGUUUCAACCCCAUAUUUGUCUGACAGAAAUGUCAGAUGGGCUCAGAGGAAAAAACAGACACCAAAAGUAACUGCUGCAGUGAUUCUGAUUCCCGCCUUGGAUGCUCUCCUCUGCUAUGCAAUGCCAAUAAUUUCACUUGGGAAUCUCUUUCAUGGCUGCUUGAUGGAUUGGAGACAUAAAAUGGUGUAAAUAUUUUGGCUUAAUUUCCCCCGUCGUUGCUGCUGCCUUGGCUUUUUAGUCAAAAUGAUUUUUGAGAUUGCCCACCGUCAAUUAUUUUGAUCAUUUUGUGAAAAAUCUUCGUUAAAGUGAGGGUAUUUUUGUCAAAUAACCCCUUCACUUGAACUCAAUUUAAUGGAGAUUUUUCACAAAAUGACUAAAAUGGUUGACGGUGGACAAUCUCAGAGAUCAAUGUGAGAAGUUAUAUCAAUCUCAAAAAUCAUUUUGGCUAAAAAACUGUUGACUUCAAUUAGCUCAUCAGAGUAUUACAUUUUUACUUUCUUUGUAUUAAAUGCUAUGCCAAUAAUUUCACGUGGGCAACUUCACAUAACAAAACUUUCUUACAAAAUGUUAAUGGCAGUAAUUAGGUUGAUGACUUGAUAAUACAAGGAUUAGAGAGUAAAGUUAAGGAUUAUUCA